CUGUCAUUUCCGAACAGCACAGGGCUGGAGUAAAUGCAGUGUGAAAAAGGAAGGAGUUGCAGCGUGUUAGAUUUCUUCCUUCGGAGCGUACUUUAUCACAGGAGAAGGACUUCAGAGGAUUUUAAAAAACACUUGGAAAUGGAAUACUCGGAGAAGCAGCUUGUUAAGGCCAACUGAUGUCUGACGGCUAAAAAUACUUGAGGAUUUUUUCAGAAUGAGCAUUGUUAUGAAGCCAAGAUCCCGAUCUACCAGCUCCUUAAGGACUGCCGAUGCAAUGUGUUUCGAUGUAGACAAUGGCACAUCAUCGGGACGAAGUCCCUUGGAUCCCAUGACAAGCCCUGGAUCAGGGCUAAUUCUUCAGGCAAACUUUGUCCAUAGUCAACGUAGGGAGUCUUUCCUUUAUCGGUCAGACAGUGACUAUGACCUUUCUCCAAAGUCCAUGUCCAGGAACUCCUCCAUUGCCAGUGACAUACAUGGAGAUGACUUGAUUGUGACUCCAUUUGCUCAGGUGCUGGCCAGCCUGCGUACUGUACGGAAUAACUUUGCUGCAUUAACCAAUUUACAGGAUCGGGCACCCAGCAAACGGUCACCAAUGUGUAACCAACCAUCUAUCAACAAAGCAACUAUAACAGAGGAGGCCUACCAGAAGCUGGCCAGCGAGACCCUGGAGGAGCUCGACUGGUGCCUCGACCAGCUGGAGACCCUGCAGACCCGCCACUCCGUCAGCGAGAUGGCCUCCAACAAGUUUAAAAGAAUGCUGAACCGUGAGCUAACGCACCUAUCUGAAAUGAGUAGGUCAGGCAAUCAAGUCUCAGAGUAUAUAUCAAACACAUUCUUAGACAAACAACAUGAAGUUGAAAUCCCGUCUCCAACACAGAAAGAGAAAGAGAAGAAGAAGAGGCCAAUGUCACAGAUCAGUGGAGUCAAAAAACUGAUGCACAGCUCCAGUUUAACUAAUUCCAGUAUUCCCAGAUUUGGAGUUAAAACAGACCAAGAAGACGUUCUUGCCAAGGAACUAGAAGAUGUAAACAAAUGGGGCCUUCAGGUUUUCCGAGUAGCAGAAUUAUCUGGAAACAGACCUUUGACAGUCAUCAUGCACACCAUUUUUCAGGAACGGGAUUUGUUAAAAACUUUUAAAAUUCCAGUAGACACUUUAAUAACUUACUUGAUGACCCUAGAAGAUCAUUACCAUGCAGAUGUGGCAUAUCACAAUAACAUACAUGCUGCAGACGUUGUUCAGUCAACCCACGUCCUGCUAUCAACCCCAGCCCUGGAGGCAGUGUUCACUGAUUUGGAGAUUCUUGCAGCAAUUUUUGCCAGUGCAAUACAUGAUGUAGAUCAUCCGGGGGUUUCAAACCAGUUUCUUAUCAACACAAAUUCUGAACUCGCCUUGAUGUACAAUGACUCAUCAGUCCUAGAGAAUCACCACUUAGCUGUGGGCUUCAAGCUGCUGCAGGAAGAGAAUUGUGAUAUUUUUCAGAAUUUGACCAAAAAACAGAGGCAAUCAUUGAGGAAAAUGGUCAUUGACAUUGUACUUGCAACAGACAUGUCUAAGCAUAUGAAUCUAUUGGCUGAUUUAAAAACUAUGGUUGAAACCAAAAAAGUGACCAGUUCUGGUGUCCUACUUCUUGAUAACUAUUCAGACAGGAUUCAGGUUCUUCAGAAUAUGGUGCACUGUGCAGAUCUAAGCAAUCCAACCAAGCCACUCCAUCUCUACCGCCAGUGGACAGACAGAAUAAUGGAGGAAUUCUUCCGUCAAGGAGAUAGAGAAAGAGAGAGGGGAAUGGAGAUUAGUCCCAUGUGUGAUAAGCACAAUGCAUCAGUAGAAAAAUCACAGGUGGGCUUUAUAGACUACAUUGUUCAUCCUCUGUGGGAGACAUGGGCAGAUCUUGUUCACCCGGAUGCCCAGGAUAUCCUAGAUACAUUGGAGGACAAUCGAGAAUGGUACCAGAGCACAAUCCCUCAAAGUCCCUCUCCUGCACCUGAUGACCAGGAAGAGGGUAGGCAGGGCCAAACGGAAAAAUUCCAGUUUGAACUAACCCUGGAGGAAGAUGGUGAGUCAGACACGGAAAAGGACAGUGGGAGUCAAGUAGAAGAAGACACCAGCUGCAGUGAUUCCAAGACUCUUUGCACCCAGGAUUCAGAAUCCACUGAAAUUCCUCUUGAUGAGCAAGUAGGGGAAGAGGUGGAAGAGGAGGAGAACCAGACAGAACCCUGUGUAGUAGAAGACCGUUCUCCUGAUACGUAACGAUGAAAAUGCAGUCUCUUUCUCUCUGGCCCUCUCCCAUUCUCUUUCCCUUUCUCUCUGUCGUUUUUCUUUUUAAUUAGAAAAGGUUUCCAAAGUGUAUGUCAUGUGAUAUAACCAUGCUCACAACUCGCUGUCAUCUGCCA